UUGGUUCAGAACUCCUGUGGCCAGGAUCCGUACGGCGCGGUACGAGUGAGGUUUUUUGUGUCAGGCUGCUACAGCUGCUGCUGUUACACACUAUUCGGAGUAGGGGUAGUUGUAGUACUCCAGGUGAUACGGAAGAACUGCAAGUCCGGGAUUCCGGGGAAUUCGGACUUCGAAGAAGUGAUUACAGAAUCGAAGCCCCAGCGCUGAAUUGUGAUGAAUUCCAGGCGAUACAGAAGAAGCUGAGCUGAGGAUAGCUGGAAAAAGCAAAGGAAGCUGCAGGACGGGACUACGGCUACGGAUGAUGAGUUGAUGUGAUGUGUGCUGAGCCCGGGUGUGGUACACGGGAGGAGUAAAGUGUGGGACGUGAAGCUGCUGCUUAGGGUCUCCAGUGAAUGUUUAAUGUAGUGGAAGCGACGAAAAGGAGAAGUUUGUGCGAUUCGUGUGUGGGACCAGUGUGCAGAUAAGUGUUGUGAGGAUUUAAACCCGCAGAAGGUUCCAAAUCGCUGCGAGAGAAACAAGCUGACGAAGCUGAAGCUAUAAUCAAGCUCAACCCCCCUGUGGAUUACCGUACAGAAGAAGGACUCCCCGAAGAACGUCAAGCGGACGGAAACUUCUGUCCCUCGCCGGACGGACGGCGUCGCCUUUUGGUUGGUGGCCACCCCUCAAUAUCGCCAAAUGUCAUCGGGGCCAAAAAGCGGGGUCCAGCUUCCAAACAUCACACCCAAGAGUCACUCAAACUCAUAAAGCCACCACGACAGACCACCGCCACCGGGCGUGAUAAAAUAAAUAGCAAAACCAAUAAAUUUGUUCGCACACGCUCUCUCACCGGACCUGACCCCAUUAGGCGCCGGACCUCCCGCACUGGUCACGAAAUACUAAAUUUAAAACAUGAAGGACCGUUUCCGGGUGAAUCGAAUUUCACGCGGCGCUUUGGAUGUCAGCUAAAGUGCGUGAUAAAUUAAGCUUUUGUGAAGUGCAGGUCACAAAUAGGGAUGUCUACCCGGGUGGUAUCAACACGGUUUAAUUCAAUUUUAAUGGUGGUACGUGGGUGAGGGAAGACAGGGAAGAGCGAGGGGCAUGUCAAAAAGGCAAUAAAUCCCCUUCGGUUUCAGCGAGGAAAAUUGAAAAUUGAAAACUGACAGCGCCGGUCGACCGGAAUUGAAAUCGAAAUCAAUAAAAAAAGAAGUGAAGUCGCGUGUAUGCUGCUUUUUUUUCCUGCGAAUUCUGGGUUUUCUAUUUCCGUUUGUAGUGUAAUUGAUGUGGAUUUCCAUGGAAAGCACACGUACAGUGCAAAACCGCAUCGACGUGCAGUUUCCUAGCAAAACGUUGCUGGUCGGGAAAAGUUUACUACUGAUCAACCGAUAGAAAGGGGUUGAGGAAAAAAAAACCGCGGAAACAAAUUGCACGAAAAAAAAACGCCGGAAAAAAACCCACUGAAAAUGGCCGAAACAAUUUGCGUCGUUGCGACCGGAAGUGUAUCGUGAAAGAGCAAAAAAGAAUCGAACACAAAAAUCGAGUUCAAUUUGUACCAUAAAAGGAGUGAGUGAGUUGAGUUGUGCACGGUUCAGGAGGGGAUUUCACGAGGGAUUUUGCCACGGGGUGUGCAUGCACAAUUUUGAGACUCUUUUCCGACAGUGACACGAUGGGUAGAUUACGGACGAGAUGGAUCCCGAGCCGGCGCAACGAGUGGACACGUGCGACUGCUAUAUGAUAAGAUCUUCUCAACAGCCAGUGUUGACAGCACCGACCGUCGUCGUUGUCCUCGUCGACACCAAAAACGACGCAGUCGGCAAGAACACUAGCAGCACCACCAACAACACCGGCAUCACUUUCCAACCACGAUGGUGCUGUACGAGCGGACCACGAUCGACAGCAUGCUGGCGCGGUACGUCACGUCCGCCACUGCCACCGCCGUGGACACGAUGGACGAUCUGUUCCUCAACAUCAGCUCGACGGCGGCGGCAGCCGGGUCCAACGAAACGGACAACGUCGGGCCGGAACCGGAACCGACGUACUCGCUGCUCCAGAUCAUCGUCCUGGGCAUCAUCGCGACGGUGCUGAGUAUAUUGACCGUCGCGGGCAACGUAAUGGUGAUGAUAUCGUUUAAGAUCGACAAACAGCUGCAGACGAUCAGUAACUACUUUCUGUUUUCGCUGGCGAUCGCAGACUUUGCGAUAGGGCUGAUCUCGAUGCCGCUGUUCUCGGUGACGACCCUGCUCGGCUAUUGGCCGCUGGGGCCCCACAUAUGCGACACGUGGCUUGCCCUGGACUACCUGGCGUCGAACGCGUCCGUGCUGAAUCUGCUCAUCAUCAGCUUCGAUCGGUACUUUAGCGUGACGCGACCGCUAACAUAUCGCGCGAAACGAACCACGACUCGGGCCGCCAUCAUGAUCGGGGCCGCCUGGGGCAUCAGUUUGCUGCUGUGGCCACCCUGGAUCUACAGCUGGCCGUACAUCGAGGGCAAGCGAACGGUGCCCGAGAAAGAGUGCUACAUCCAGUUCAUCGAGACCAAUCACUACAUCACCUUCGGGACGGCCAUCGCGGCGUUCUACGUACCCGUGACCGUAAUGUGCUUUCUGUACUACCGGAUAUGGCGGGAAACGAAGAAGCGCCAGAAGGACCUGAAGAACCUGACCGGCGACCGGAAAAAGGAUUCCUCUAAGCGGUCCAAUUCGAGUGAUGAGAACACGGCGGUCAAUCACUCGGGCGCGAUAGCGCAACUGACCAACGCCGAACCGGACGGCUGGCGGCGGCCUCGGAGCGAGUCGUCGGCGGACGCCGAAAGCGUCUACAUGACCAACGCGGUCAUCUCGGACUCGGGCUACGGCCACGGGAUGCUGUCCCGGCGGUCCAGCAUCGGCACCAACGGACUGCCGAAGAAGCCGGCCACCUUUUUCGGCGGCAUCAAGGAGUGGUGCAUCGCGUGGUGGCACUCGGGCCGGGACGACGCCGACGAGUACGCGUACGACGCCGAGGAGCCUUCGGAUCUUGGAUGCACAUCGCUGAACGUGAUCCGCGAUCCGUACGGGACGGGGACGGGGGGUCGGGGCAACGUGGUCAGCAUGAUCCCGGACAUUUCGCCGACGCCGAUGCGGCCGCAGCUGCCCCCGAUGUCCCACCACCUGCAGGACAUGCAUGGACCAAGAGACUCGCGCUCACUUCCCAACAGCAACCGGCUCGGCUCGCGUUCCGUCAGCCAGGACUCGGUUUACACGAUUUUGAUCAGGUUACCGCCCGAGGGUGGAUCCGGGGACGAGCGGGCGCCGUCGAUCAAGAUGAUUCAGGACGACGUGCCGAUGUCGAUGACGGUUCCUCCGAGGCGGCCACUUCCAACGCGGGACUCGGACUACAUCAUUCCGGUGGGACGGCGACAGUCGACGGCCACCACGGACAUUCGGCUUCCCCUCACGACCAAGAUCAUUCCGAAGCCGCUGUCCAAGGCGCAGCAGAUCCACCAAGCGAAUAUGCUCCAGACGGCUCGGCAAGUCAAAAAGAAGAAAAAGUCCCAGGAAAAGCGCCAGGAGACAAAGGCGGCCAAAACUCUGUCGGCGAUCCUGCUCAGCUUCAUCAUCACCUGGACGCCGUACAACAUCCUGGUGCUGCUCAAGCCCCUGACUGCCUGCACCGGCUGCAUUCCCCAGGAGCUGUGGGACUUUUUCUACGCGUUGUGCUACAUCAACUCCACCAUCAACCCGGUCUGCUAUGCGCUGUGCAACGCGUCCUUCCGGCGGACGUACGUGCGCAUCCUGACGUGCAAGUGGCACACCCGGAACCGGGAAGCGAUGACACGGGGCGUUUAUAAUUAAGUUAGAACGAAAGAGCUCGGCUUGGCCAUGACUGGUUUGCUGGGAGGAAGAGGGGGAUUGAUAGGCGAUAUUUUUCACACUAAAUCCCCACCAGUGGAUUUUUUCAAAUGAAAAACGCGAAAGCAUCGGUUUAAAUAUCCCACAGAGCCAGAGUCAGCUUAUGAUGACACACGUGACGUUGUGAAAGCUUCAUUGAUGGAUGGGUUGGGAUGAAUGGAUUUGGAUAGAAUCGAUGGGGUGCAUUGUGUGUAACUGGGAGCCAUUAAUUAGGCCAACCAAAACGCUUGAGGGGGUGCUAGAGUCAAGUGCAGCGUGGAAAAAGGCACCCUCUGGAUAGGUUGGGCUUAUCAAUGAAAAGUGACGUAUAAUAAUUAUUAUACUGUGGGAUUUUGAUUUUGGCGGAGAGGUGCAAUGGUGUAGAUCAGGCUUGUGCAGGCUUUUUUAUUACACUUGAAAAACUUUUGUUUUAUUACAAUUAUAAACCAAAUAAACAAGACAUGCAAUUGAUUAAAUAAUUCAAACAAAGCCAAGAUCAUAGCAAUGUUCUACCAAGCAUCUAAUUUGCCUGCCAGGUAACAAAGAAACAAUUUAAGUCCAUCCAACUCGUUUCACCACAUCCCACACAUGUGAAAAAACUAUGAAGAAAAUUUCCAACAUUCCAUCGCAAAAUUUCGCUCCAAGAAAGAACGAAAAGAAACCCAACCCAGAACAAACGGGUUGAAGUCGAAGAAAGAUAUUCUUCUGAGCAAUUCUCUACGAAAACGGUAUUUUUUCGUCAAUUUUAAUUUUUGUAUUUUUUAAUCCGACUGAAACUUUUUUGGUGCCUUCGGUAUGCCCAAAGAAGCCAUUUUGCAUCAUUAGUUUGUCCAUAAAAUUUUCCACACAAAUUUGGCAGCUGUCCAUACAAAAAUGAUGUAUGAAAAUUCAAAAAUCUGUAUCUUUUGAAGGAAUUUUUUGAUCGAUUUGGUGUCUUCGGCAAAGUUGUAGGUAUGGAUACAGACUACACUAAAAAAAAUGAUACACUGUAAAAAAAAUUGGUGAUUUUUUUAUUUAACUUUUUAUCACUAAAACUUGAUUUGCAAAAAAACACUAUUUUUAAUUUUUUUUAUUUUUUGAUAUGUUUUAGAGGACAUAAAAUGCCAACUUUUCAGAAAUUUCCAGGUUGUGCAAAAAAUCUUUGAGCGAGUUAUGAAUUUUUGAAUCAAUACUGAUUUUAAAAAAAAUCGAAAUAUUGAUCGCAAAAAUUUUUCAACUACAUUUUUCGAUGUAAAAUCAAAUUUGCAAUCAAAAAGUACUUUAGUAAAAUUUUGAUAAAGUGCACCGUUUUCAAGUUAAAUCCAUAUUUAGGUGACUUUUUUUGAAUAUAGUCGCAGUUUUUCAUUUUUUAAAAUUAGUGCACAUGUUUGCACACUUUUGAAAAAAAUAUUUUUGAAAAGCUGAGAAAGUUCUCUGUAUUUUGCUUUUUAGGACUUUGUUGAUACGACCUUUAGUUGCUGAGAUAUUGCAAUGCAAAGGUUUAAAAACAGGAAAAUUGAUGUUUUCUAAGUCUUUCCC